AUGAAGCUCCAGCUCCUUCUGCCCUUCGCCCUCUCCCACGUCGCCCUCGCCGUGCCCCCGGCGAACCAAGCGUUGCCAGUCCCUACCGGCAUCCCCAACAUUGGCAAAUACAUCCCUAGCGGCCUCCCCAUCAGAGAUUACCCAGGAAAAUGCAGGAGGGGCAAGGCCACGAUGCAGAACAAGCUUGGGACCAAUAUUUUCCACUGUGAGGUCGCGAACGAAUCCAUCCCACUUCUGAACAAGACGAGCAAGAAGGGCGGGAUCUCCAACUUCCCGUGCGGGCUCAACAACCAGUGCACCGAGGGCGCUGACUGCACCUGGAGGCCACCUUCGGCCACCGCCGUCUGCCCAGCGGCAGUCCCUCCGGGAGGCGCAGCGGGAGUCCCGACGGGAGGCUCAGUGGGAGGCCCGACGGGAGGCUCAGUGGGAGCCCCAGGGGGAGACCCAGUUCCCGGUCAUGCGGCGGAUCAUGCAGCUGGUCCUAUGGAGGGAGUCCACACUUAA